AUGGUGAGAGAAGUGUGGAAAGACAACCUAGAGAGCGAGAUGAUGGUCAUACGGGAGCUGUCCGAGCGCUACAACCACAUAUGCGUGUCUACGGAGUUUGCUGGGAUUGUUGCGCGGCCGAUCGGGUCGUUCCGGUCGACAAAAGACUACCACUACCAGACGAUGAGAUCGAACGCAGAUUUACUGAACCUGAUACAAAUAGGCAUCACAUUGAGUGACAAGGACGGACGGCGGCCUGAGGGUGUUCCGUCGACGUGGCAGUUUAAUUUCAAGUUUGAUCUGGACCAGGAAAUGUACAGCAGGGAGAGCAUAGAGUCGUUGAUCACGACUGGGCUGAAUUUUAGCAGGCUCAAGGAGUUCGGUAUCGAUGUGUUUGAGUUUGCACAGGUUUUAACGGACAGUGGGCUUUGUCUGAUGAAAGAAAACGUCUGGAUCAGCUAUCAUGCGGGCUACGACUUCGGAUUCAUCACGUCGCUGCUCAUCAACAGAAACAUGCCGACAAGCGAGGAAGAGUUCGAGGAAUGGCUAAGUUUCUACUUCCCGACAUUUUACGAUAUCAAGUACAUAUCUGUUUCACGUGUUGGGGGAACGCACAAAACACGGUCGCUCGAGACGCUGGCGGAAGAGCUGGGCGUCAUCCGCAACGUGAACCAUAAUCUGCUACAGGUGGGAGGACAGUCAAUGCUGACACAUCUGUGUUUCUGGGAGCUGCGCAGGCUUAUUGGCGAGAAGGAUAUGCGUGAGCUAGCCAAUCAUAUCUGGGGGUUUGCCGACGACAAGACCCAGUUCACUCCCGAGCAGAAGAUGAUGUAUCUAAAUAGAUAG